UUUCACGCGCCUCUCUAAAUCAGUGUCGUUUGUGCCCCUCUCCUGUUGUCUAUUCCCCCCAUGCAAGCUCACCGCCUUUCAUUUCUGUCCUAGCGUCAUAUACACGUGAUUGAAGAUUCUCCAGGCUUGGCAUCGCUCCCCUGGUUGUGUCUGGAUCUAUAUCAGCUAGUGUGGACGAGAACGAACCCGGCCAUGUCUGCUGGGCUGGGUCAGACCCCAGAUCCACAGGCCCUGGUGGCAGGGGCCAACGAGACUGUGGCCCAGCUCUACGAUCCGGCGAAUGCGCGGAACCCCACCAAAGUCAAAGAGCUUCAGGAGCAUCUGCAGUUGCUGCAGAGAAGCCCCCAAGGAUGGAUCGUCGCGGAUGGUCUGAUGGGUAGUAGCAACCCAGAUGCCAGAUUCAUGGGUGCCCUGACGUUCAUAGUCAAGAUUAAUCAAGACUGGUCCAAUCUCACGGAAAAUGAUGCCCGUGAGCUUCUGGAGCGUCUGAUUAACCAUUUUGUUCUAUUUGCUGGUCGUGAUGAGAAGCCUCUGGUUCUCCGCAAAUUGGCAUCAAGUCUUGUCGCCAUCUUUCUCAAACCUAAUGCACCAUGGAGACGUGCCCUGUGGAACCUGGCUGUCUGUCUCGCGCAUGGGAGAUAUGUCCCAGAGGAGCAGUCUCGGUCAAUUGACUUCCAGACUGCAACCCUACCGCAUCUGGGCCACAGUCAGAUUGUCGCGUUGCUGUACUUCUCCGCGGCUCUUGCAGAGGAGACGUCAAAAUGGUCCAUGGAGUCCCGCCGCAGUGGUGACGACCAUCCUAUAUCAGAGAACAUCGAGGAUGCAUUGACGCUGUCUGAGUUUGUCCUGAGUCUCAUUCUUCAGCAGGAAACUCCAGGUCAGGACACCAAUGCUGGACCUGGAAACGAAGCGAUUACUUCGUACAAUGUGUGGUUGACCGUGCGCGGUUCGAUACGAGCGCGGGAUCCCAUCCCGUCGUCCCGACUAGCCUCACCUACCACGCGAGUUAUCCAGAGCCUUCGUGUGCCCAUUUUAUCAAAGACUGCAACUGAAGUAGUGACUGAUUUGCUCCACUCGAGGGAUAAUAUCUUGAAUCAAGAGCAUCUGGCGUCGAUUCUACAAUUCAUUGUCAGUGAUGUUGGUGCUGCUCACGUUGUCGGACUCGUAGAAGGUGUUUACGAUGACGACCAUAUGGUCUUCCUGGAGCUGUUAUUGGCCUACGCAAGCCGGGAAUACAGGGAUAUCUUGAUAGAGCCUCUGACUCCGGAACACGAAAACGUUCUGACGUUCUUGCACACGCUGUUCCAUGGGCCAGGAUAUGCGGCUGUUGAUGAUGAGGCCUGUCCUUACCUGCUUGAGUGGUGGACUGAAAUGGCCGAUGAGCUUCAGGGUGUCUUUUUUGAUACGGAGCCGCCUAGCAUUGACCGAGCUAAGCAGAAUCUAGCCCGUGCCGUCCUUGACUGUUUCGCGAAGUUGAUGUACCCAGAGCCCCAGGAUCUUCAAGGUUGGAGUGAUGACGAGAAAAUCGAAUUCAACACUUUCCGCCGCGAUGUGUGCGACUUUCUGCUCGCAGCAUACCCGAUCUUGGGCAUUGAGCUCAUUCAGGUCUUUCAGGAGAAGGCGAAAUCAGCUAUGGAGAGUCAGGACUGGCGAACGUUCGAGGCAUCAAUCUUCUGUCUCGGGCAUCUAUCGGAGGCAGUUGACGAGAACGAACACGCUGACCAGUGCCUCAACGCUAUUUUCUUCACCAACGAAUUUGCAACUCUCUGUGCUGGCCAGGAAGUACAGAUCUCAGACAAGGCACGUCAAACUCUCGUGGACAUGCUGGGUCGGUACAAAUCGUUCUUUGAACGUACGCACGCGCUGCUGCUGCCGGUAUUAAACUUCUUGUUUUCGUCCCUGGACGUAGCUUCGUGCGCUACAGCGGCAUCCAAGUCGAUCUCGUUUCUGUGCAAAUCAUGUCGCCAAUCCCUGACACCGGUUCUGCCAACUUUCUUGAAUCAAUUCGAUCAAUUCCGCAUGAAGCCUACGGCCACUGUCCAGAACAUGGAGCGUGUGCUAGAGGGUAUAGCAGCUAUUGUGCAGACACUACCUACAGACCAAGACAAAGCAGAAUGCCUUGAGCGCCUCCUGCGCUUUUUCCAGGAACAGGCUGAAGUGGCUCGAGCUGAAGCUGUGCGAGGCGAAACCGAAGCAGCACAGGGCCAUGCCCACUUGGUUCUGCGCUGCGUUGCCAGUAUUGGCAAGGGUCUCCGUACAGAUGGUGAUGCGGUCGUCGACCUAGACCGUGACUCGACAGAUCCAUACCCGGCUACAUUCUGGAAUACGGGCCCUGGCGCUGUUUCCCAGGCCUUGAUUAUGCAAUGCAUGCACAUCUUAGUCAAUGACUUUCCCAUCAACGUGGGCAUCAUCGAAGCAGCCUGUGAUAUCCUCAAAGCAGGCUACACGGAGAAAACUGGACCAUAUGUCUUUCCUCCCGUGACCACUGUCAACUUCGUCAAAAGCAUCCCGCUAGGAAGCCCCGGGGCGGAUAUAGUUAUGGGCACGGCAUCAGCAUUCCUGGCCUCACACAGAGACCAUCCCCAGCAGAUCAGCAACGAGGCCGUGUCGCUGAUCGUCCAUGUAUAUGAGACGUUCUGCUGGAUGCUAGAGAAUCCACAAUACAACGAUCCCGAGAUUGCUAAUAGUGGUAUUGACUUCCUUACUCGUUUACUGCCCAAGUAUCAUCCCAUCCUCUUUUCCCUCACUUCCUCUCCCCCAGAACCUACGCGCGACGAGCUCAACCGGCGCGGUGGCACUGGACUUUUGGGCCAUAGCCAUCCCCAAAGACCGAUUCUUGAAACUAUUCUUAGCUUUACCUUCAUGGCUCUCUCGGGAGCUGAUCCGUUACCACUUCGCUCUGCCUCUCAGUUCUGGGUCAGCGUCCUCAAUCUCCCCAUCGGUAGGGAGGCCAAUGCGUCGCAGGCUGUUGAGGACGCCCUGAAGGAGUGUCUACCCACUCUUUGCCAGAUUCUAAUCACGCAGUUAGCUGGGCGCUGUGCCCGAUCCGACAUCGAUCAUCUCGUUGAGGUCCUCAAAAGAGUUAUCUUCCGGCAGCAGGGUGCUGCCCGUUUACAUCUGUCUGUUGCACUGGCGUCUCUGGGAUCCGACUCGUCUCAGAGCCAAGGCGCUCUUCCGUCCCCACAAGACAGAGAGCGUUUCCUUGCGAUGCUGAUUGCUGCGCGUGGAUCAGCCAAAACUAAGGAGCUAGUCCGCACGUUCUGGAAACAGUGUCGUGGCGCUGGGUUUGACUACGUCGAAUAAUAGAUCACAAUGAUGGUGACGACGAUAGGGAAGCUUCUUCUUUGAGAUCUUAUGAGAAAAUGAUCCGCUUCUUUUGGUCCUGUUGGAUCGAAUGCCUAUCUUGAUGGCAAGAGCAUUAAGGAUGGACCUUGGUUUGCUCUCCAAACUGAAGUAGAUUGCUCAGCAUUCGGUCGGAGGAUAAAGUUCCCUGUGUGGUCCCAUGUGUGGCCUAUAGAAGCAU